GGAACAAAUAACCACAACCACAAUUUGAACCGUUUAAAUUGAACCUCGGUUGGUUCUUUCUGCCAGACCUCCAUCUCUUGCGAUAUCUUCUUCAUCUAAGUACAUAUCAUCCUAUACUUUCAAUGGCUUCCACUCUUGCACCAGUUCGUGUAUCAUCCCCUGCUCCAACACCAAGCAAGAAGGCUGCUGCAGCCCUAGCAAAUAUCUCAUUAGACUCACCAACCAAGCCAUCAGAUGACGAGGAUGCUCUUCCUGUUUUGAUCGAUGAUCGCAAGCGUUCGGUCUCGCCGGACUCUCAAGACGCUGAGGACGAGCUUGAAGAACUUCGCAAGAAAUUUGUCGGCGAAGUUGACCUGCCUGAAAGCGAAGAGCCUCUGCUCAAAGAAUCCAAGCGUCGUUUCGUUCUUUUCCCCAUUCAAUACCACGAGAUAUGGCAAAUGUACAAGAAAGCAGAGGCAUCAUUCUGGACUGCCGAGGAGAUGGACCUCUCAAAAGACAUUCAUGAUUGGACCAACCGUCUUAAUGACAACGAACGUCAUUUCAUUUCACACGUCCUUGCCUUCUUCGCCGCAUCCGAUGGCAUUGUUAAUGAAAACCUCAUCGAACGUUUCUCUAAUGAGGUCCAGGCUGCUGAGGCCCGGUGCUUUUACGGCUUCCAAAUCAUGAUGGAGAACAUUCACUCUGAGACCUACUCGCUUCUCAUCGACACAUACAUCAAGGAUUCUGCCCAACGCGAAUAUCUCUUUGACGCCAUGGAAACUAUUCCUUGUGUCAAGCGUAAGGCUGACUGGGCACUGAAGUGGAUAUCCGAUCAUCGUUCCACCUUUGGUGAGCGCUUGGUCGCCUUCGCUGCCGUCGAAGGCAUCUUCUUCUCUGGUUCCUUUGCAUCCAUCUUCUGGCUCAAGAAGCGCGGUCUUAUGCCUGGUCUUACGUUCUCCAACGAACUCAUCAGCCGUGAUGAGGGUAUGCACACCGAUUUUGCUUGCUUGCUCUUUAGCCACCUCAAGCGUCGUCCGCACCCUGAGACUGUCAAGUACAUAAUUACUCAAGCUGUCGCCAUCGAGCAAGAAUUUUUGACUGAUGCUCUCCCUGUCGGCCUCAUUGGCAUGAAUGCCAAGCUCAUGUGUCAGUACAUCGAGUUCGUCGCAGACCGCUUGUUGGUGUCGCUAGGCAACGAUAAGGUGUACAACGUCACAAACCCAUUCGACUUCAUGGACAUGAUAUCGCUACAGGGGAAGACCAACUUCUUCGAAAAGCGUGUAUCGGACUACUCAAAGGCGAACGUCAACCAUACGAAUGCUAAGACCGAUCAGGUGUCGGGUAAAGCUUUCUCGUUGGAUGAGGACUUCUAGAUGUGUCAUUCCCGCGUUCCCUUAUUUACAUAUAUUCCACUUUCCGUAUGCAUUAUACCACGCCCAUAUGUUCAUCACAUCAACCUCUGCAUGUUCGUUUAGAUAUGUUAUCAUUAUUCACCCUCUGUAAUGUUUAGUGUUAUCAGUAGCCAUACCUGCAAGAAUUGAUUAUUGUCUGCUUGAA